CCCUUCUACAUCUUGAGUGGUAGUUGGAGAACUACUAGAAUCGUAGUUUUGACCACUAGAAGGCUCGAUUCUCGGUCUUUUUGCGGGUGCCGCAAAAUUUGUGACGUGUGACUCGUCGGCCAUUUUGGUAUUUUACUGCGCAGAGUCAUUACGCAGCUUUUCGAUCUCCAGUCAGGCGGAGGCGACGAAGUACAGUUAAUGAAAACACAGAUUUUGCACCAAAUACGCUCUACAAAUUCACUGUUUCCAGCUUUCCUUGUGAUGGAAUCGUUAUUCACGUACAAGAAAACACAAGAUGAUGACUACUACAUCAUUUUGGGAUGUGGUGAACAUUCAUCUGAGGAGCAGAUCUUGACAGAGUACAAGCUUCGAGCUCUUGAAUGUCAUCCAGACAAAAAUCCUGAUGAUCCGGAUGCAGCUGAAGUGUUUGCCAAGCUGAAUAGAGCCAAAGAAGUUCUGACAGAUGCCAAGAUGAGGGAAGCAUAUGAUAAAUGGAGACACAGUGAAAUACCAAUGCCUUUUGAGAGGUGGAUGAACAUGAAGGACAGCAUGCAAACUACCAUGCACUGGGUGAUGAAGACCAAGUCAGAUCCGAUGAUUGAAUCUAGUCAGCAAUCACAAAUGGCUUCCAGUGCAGCAGGGAAUCCAAAAAUGCAUAGUGGCUUCCAGUGGGAAAGAGAUUCUGCAUCUGAGGCUUUGAGGAAGUUCCGGAACUAUGAGAUAUGAAGUAUGUCCAUGUUUGUCUGACUGUCUAAGUGUUAGGAUGCCAUGUCAAUAAUGGACUAGGACAUUACAUGUUCUCAUUAAGAAACAUUAUCUCUGGACUGGGAGUUUUACAAUGAUCUUGGAGGAGAAAAGAAUCACCAUGAUACAUUCCUUGAUUUUGAUCAUUACAAAAUGAUAUUUAAAUCACAUAUCAUAUUGCUGUGUGUGAUAGAGGUUCAAUCUGUGUAAAUGAUGCACGAUUGAAUUCGAAGAGGAUUCUAUUUACGACUAUAGCUGAGCCAUUAAUCCUCUCGCAAUACUCUUUUGGGGACUUUGAAUCAACACAGCGUUCAGUUGCAGUUCAAAGAAUAUUUUCAGUUUUUAUGCAUGCGCAUGACUUACCUUGGUUACAGCUCGAGUACCUUGGUUACUUAUCAAUGCGCAUGCAUAACUGACGACUGCGCUGUUGAUAUGAAGGCCUCAAAUGAGUUUAGCCAACAUGUAAUCCAAGUCAUAGGAACUAGUCAAAUGUUUUUAAUUUUCGAGAUUAGUAUUUUUGUUAUCAAGAAAUAAAGUACAUGUAUGUUAAUGACAUAAUGAAUAAGUUGAUAGA